AUGGUUUCGAAAACCACGCGAGCUGCUACUGCAGCAGCAAGAAGGGCGGCUGAACGCAUGCGUGCGGCCGCGGAAAGUGCCUCUUACAUUUCAGCAACAGGCGAUUCGUCGCCUGUUAUUGUGAGCAGUCCACUUGGUGAGUCACCACGUGCGACAGGUACAUCCGCUGCGUCUGCAGCGGAUACCACGAGCCGUAAUCAAGACGAGUCUGAGAUAGAGCUCAUCCAUUCUGGCGAGUCGGAUGAUGCACCCGACUCGAAGGCGACUCCUCACGCCUCCGGGUCACCCGAAGCAGACACUGCAAGAGCCAGAUUGACUGGCUCUGGUCAACGUGGCGGCAUCACGUCCGAGAUCUUCGGAUCGAGUGAUUAUUCGGACGAAUCUCCGCCUCACGCAAGUCCAUCCAACGAUAGGACGCGUGGGGAUGGUGGUGAUGCACCUAUACAUCACCACAAACGAAGUAGCUCGAUGGAUCGGGGUAUCAAUGGUGUUAGCGCUCACGCUGGCACCAAUCAAGAGGCUAGGGACCGAAAUGUCCUGCGCCACGCUCCUUAA